AUGACGGAUUCAAAGUAUUUUACCACGACGAAGAAGGGAGAAAUAUUCGAACUAAAAUCGGAGUUGAACAGUGAUAAAAAGGAGAAAAAGAAGGAGGCGGUCAAAAAAGUCAUAGCAUCAAUGACAGUUGGCAAAGAUGUGUCCGCAUUAUUCCCCGAUGUCGUGAACUGUAUGCAGACCGAUAACCUAGAACUCAAGAAGCUGGUCUAUCUUUACCUGAUGAACUAUGCCAAGUCUCAACCGGAUAUGGCCAUUAUGGCCGUUAACACCUUCGUCAAGGACUGUGAGGACUCCAACCCACUGAUCAGAGCCCUAGCAGUGCGGACCAUGGGCUGUAUCAGAGUGGACAAGAUCACUGAGUACCUCUGUGAGCCUCUCCGCAAGUGCUUGAAAGAUGAGGAUCCCUAUGUCAGGAAGACCGCUGCCGUAUGCGUUGCUAAGUUAUAUGAUAUCUCUUCGAGCAUGGUUGAAGAUCAGGGUUUCUUAGACCAGCUGAAGGAUUUACUGAGCGACUCCAACCCCAUGGUGGUAGCCAACGCGGUCGCCGCGCUGUCCGAGAUCAAUGAAGCCAGUGUGUCGGGACAACCCUUAGUGGAGAUGAAUGCCCCGACAAUAAACAAGUUGCUGACGGCCCUGAACGAGUGCACGGAGUGGGGCCAGGUGUUCAUACUGGACGCCCUGUCCAACUACUCCCCGCGGGACGCCAGGGAGGCGCACUCCAUCUGUGAGAGGAUCACGCCCCGGCUGGCACAUGCUAACGCCGCUGUUGUAUUGUCUGCCGUUAAGGUCCUAAUGAAGUUGAUGGAGAUGGUGUCGGACGACACGGAGCUGGUGAGUACGCUGUCCCGCAAGUUGGCGCCGCCGCUGGUGACGCUGCUGAGCGCGGAGCCAGAGGUGCAGUACGUCGCGCUCAGGAACAUCAACCUCGUCGUACAGAAGCGACCUGAUAUUCUGAAGCAUGAGAUGAAGGUAUUCUUCGUGAAAUACAACGAUCCGAUCUACGUGAAGCUGGAGAAGUUGGACAUAAUGAUCCGCCUAGCGUCGCAGGCCAACAUCGCGCAAGUACUGGGCGAGCUCAAGGAGUACGCCACCGAGGUGGAUGUAGACUUCGUCAGGAAGGCUGUCAGGGCCAUCGGACGCUGUGCUAUUAAGGUGGAACCAUCAGCCGAGCGUUGCGUCUCCACUCUCCUGGAGCUGAUCCAGACCAAAGUCAACUACGUGGUGCAGGAAGCCAUCGUGGUCAUCAAGGAUAUCUUCAGGAAGUACCCCAACAAGUACGAGAGCAUCAUCAGCACUCUGUGCGAGAACCUGGACACGCUGGACGAGCCUGAGGCCAGGGCUUCCAUGGUCUGGAUUGUGGGUGAAUAUGCUGAGCGUAUCGACAAUGCUGAUGAGUUGCUCGACUCCUUCCUCGAAGGAUUCCACGAUGAGAAUGCACAGGUCCAGCUGCAGUUGCUGACGGCGGUGGUGAAGUUGUUCCUGAAGCGUCCAGCAGACACACAGGAACUAGUGCAACAUGUACUCAGUCUUGCUACACAGGACUCUGAUAACCCGGACUUGAGGGACCGCGGCUUUAUCUACUGGCGUCUCCUGUCAACGGACCCGGCGGCCGCCAAGGAAGUGGUCCUCGCUGAUAAACCUCUCAUCUCCGAGGAGACAGACCUACUGGAGCCCACGCUACUGGACGAGCUCAUCUGUCAUAUUAGCUCACUUGCGUCAGUGUACCAUAAGCCACCUACAGCUUUUGUUGAAGGUCGUGGUGCAGGUGUCCGUAAGUCCCUCCCGGCGCGCGGCGGGUCCUCCACCCACGAGGAGCCCGCGCCACCUACUGUCAUACCUAACCAACUACAUGGCGAGUCUCUCAUCGGCGACUUGCUCUCCAUGGACAUCGGUGGCCCUCCCCCCGCACCCGCUCCUACCUCCAACCUGGAUUUACUAGCUGGUGGCCUGGACGUACUUUUGGGUGGAGGUCCGGAGCCAGGUCCAACGUCAGGCACUACGGGUCUGCUGGGCGAUAUAUUCGGAGUCACCACCGCGCCCGCCUCGUACGUGCCGCCCAAACAAUGCUGGCUGCCUGCUGACAAGGGAAAAGGUCUAGAAAUCUGGGGUACAUUCAGUCGUCAGAACGGUCAGCCUCGCAUGGAGAUGACGUUCACCAACAAGGCCAUGCAGGCCAUGAGCGGGUUCGCCAUACAGCUUAACAAGAACAGUUUCGGCGUGUUCCCGUCGGGCGGUCUGAGUGUCGGCGCUGUCCCGGCCGGGGCGGCGGCCGACGCCCCGCUGGCACUCGCCACCACCGGACCCGUGCAGAGGAUGGAACCACUUAAUAAUCUACAGGUCGCAAUCAAAAACAACGUAGACGUGUUCUACUUCGCGUGCCUCAUUCCCGUCCACAUACUGUUCACUGAGGACGGACAGCUUGACAAACGAGUAUUUUUAACGACAUGGAAAGAGAUCCCCGCCGCUAACGAGGUCCAGCACACACUAUCCAACGUCACAGGCAACGCAGACUCUAUCGCUCAGAAAAUGACGCUGAACAACAUAUUUACUAUCGCCAAAAGAAACGUGGAAGGCCAGGAUAUGCUCUACCAGUCUCUAAAACUCACUAAUAAUAUUUGGGUACUCCUAGAGUUGAAACUUCAACCUGGUAACCCAGAAGCGACGCUCAGUUUGAAGUCCAGGACUGUGGAAGUCGCGUCCUGCAUAUUCCAAGCUUACGAAGCUAUCAUUAAGUCAUAA